AUGGGGCGCAGAAAGAUUGAGAUCAAAGCCAUCAAGGAUGACAGAAAUCGCUCUGUCACAUUCCUCAAGCGAAAAGGAGGUCUCUUCAAGAAGGCCCAUGAGCUCUCCGUCCUCUGCUCCGUCGACGUAGCCGUUUUCAUAUUCGGCAACAACAAGAAGCUAUACGAGUACUCGAAUGGUGACAUGCGAGAGUUGAUUACAAGAUAUACAUACCACGGCGGUCCUAAUGAGCACAAGGGCCCGGGCGACUUUCACGGCGGAGAGGAUGAUGACGAAGACGAUGGCGAGGGAACCCCUCCGAAUAUGCACGAGGGUUCGGUCGAGCCCCAGAUGAUCCCGCCUCACUACCAAGCUCAACCUCCGUUUCCUCACCUGAGGCAUGAUACCCCUUCGGCUUCACCCCCUAUCAAUGGCAUGGCUUUCGUGCAGAGGGGCCAUACACCGCAACCUCAGAUCGUGAGCCGUCCAUCCUCCAGAAAUGAUUUCCGGCGCCCUCCGAACAUGCCCCAACCAGGCGGUCCUACUGGGCCGCCACCCAACGGAUAUGCUUUCAUGCCUCACCCUGCUAUGUACAACCCUCAAAAUCAGCCCGGGAUGCAGCAUGGACCUCCGCCGCCCCCGCCAGGCCAGUACCAGUAUCCGCCUCACCAACAACCCCCUCACAUGCAGCAGUAUAUGCUUGACCAGCGCUCAUCUAUGCCACCGAACUACCCGCCGCAACCUCAGGGCCAUCAGCCGCCCCCGCAUCCACAGCCUUCUCCACCGCAGAUUCACCGUCAACCGCUGCCUCCUCGGCCGAUUUCCCAGAUGUCACCCCCGCAGCCGCCGCAUCAACAUCUGGAACACCCGCAGCAUGGUCUGGAACACCCACAGCAUGGUCUUGAACACCCACAGCAUGGUCUGGAACAUCCACAGCAUGGUAUGGAACACCCACAGCAUCGUCAGCAAACGCCACAGCCGCGACAACAAUCACCACCGCUCUCGCAACAGCAGCAAUCUCAAACCCAGCAUGUCCCCGAGGUGCAGCCACCUGCGCGUAAGGAACUCAAGCAAGAACCCCCAGAGAGACCCAGUCAAUCGCUUCUUGAUACUGCAUCUGCCAUCAAGAAAUUGCCCCAGGGGCGCAAGCAGCACAGCAUCUUUACUCCAAUUGACGAGAACCGAUCUAUCCUAUCUCGACACCUGGCUUCAUUCAAGGCGGAGCCCCAGAUACCGGAAGAGGGAAGCACCAGAUCGCAAUCUGUGGAUGUCGGUACAGUCUCACGGACAAGUGGAGCCUGUUCUCCCCCUCCUCCUCCACAGCGCUCAAAUACGUCCACUUUCCCAAAAUCUCGAAACUCCACAAAAAGAGUUCCCGAGACGACGUCCACGCCGCCAUCUCGGUCCAAUAGCUUCAAGAUAGGGAGUGGCGGCGGCACGAGACCCCGUCUAAAGGUGCAGAUUCCUGACGAGGCCUCUGAUGCCGGCAGCAAUACCGCCGAGUCGACGACCUCGCCUCGCAACACAGCAGAUGGGACAGCCCACCCAGCUCGCCGCAAUGGCGUGGAUGGACCCGGCGUGGUUCUGCCACCUCCUUCCCCUUCAGCUUCGGCUCUGUUAUCCGCGGGAGCCACUGGUCCACCCAACCCUUUCGCGCGACCGCCUCCCCAGUCGCAAAACAACAAUAUGAAUAUUGACACGCCGGUGUCUGCGCUCCCGUCCCGAUUUCUCAACAACGAGUUUCUCCCCAGUCCCAGCAGCUUCUAUCCGGAAUGGAACUUCAGGGGCAACGACAGCAACACUCUCCCAAGCCCUCUCAACUUCGCUACACCGGUGGCUAGUUCAGGACCCUCCUUUCUGAGAGACGACAAUGGGCCAGGUAGCAACAAGCGGAAGAGCCCCGAAAUGAACAAUGCCGGGCCUGGUUCCGAUGGACUGGAAAUCCAACCGCCCAAACGAAUCAAGGUCGACGGUUAG